GCUUUCAGAAAAUGCUCGCCGAAACACCGGGGAACCUCUACUCACAAACCACUCAAGGAAACAGGUGCAUGAUCGUGCGCGAAUCUGUAACAUCCAGCGACCUAUAGGACCCUCCAGCAUCUCUCCUGCAUCACUCACUGGAGAUAUAUACACCUGUUUACACUCACCUGCAGGAUGGAAAGCUGAAGCUGUCGGAAUAACCAAAGAAUGAUCACUGCUUACUGAAAGCUUUAGUUUCCAGCUUUAGACAUGAUUCCCGCGCAUCAGAACCAUGUUGUCACCACUAUUGAGACUAUUCCAUCAGAGACAGUCACAGCAUCACCAUCUGUGUUUGAGAGGAUGAAGAAAGUGUUUACCAGGGAACUCCUGCUGACUCUGGCCCUGGGUCAGGUCUUAUCGCUGCUCAUCUGUGGAAUCGGUUUGACCAGCAAAUACUUGGCGGAUGAUUACCAUGCCAACACCCCAGUGUUCCAGAGCUUUCUCAACUACAUCUUACUAUUCCUCGUCUACACCACCACACUUGCAGUCAGACAAGGAGAGGAGAAUCUACUGGCAAUUUUGAAGAGAAGAUGGUGGAAGUACAUGAUUCUGGGUCUAAUUGAUAUAGAGGCAAACUACCUGGUCAUCAAAGCCUACCAGUACACCACACUGACCAGCGUUCAGUUGCUGGACUGCUUCGUGAUCCCAGUGGUGCUGCUGCUGUCAUGGUUCUUCCUGUUAGUCAGGUAUAAAGUGCUGCACUUUGUCGGCGUGGGUGUAUGUCUUGUGGGCAUGGGCUGUAUGGUGGGAGCAGAUGUCCUGGUGGGCCGACAGCAAGGCCUCGGAGAUCAUAAACUGUUGGGGGAUCUGUUGGUUCUUGCGGGGGCGACGCUUUAUGGCAUCUCAAAUGUAUGUGAAGAAUUCAUCGUAAAGAACAUGAGCCGGGCCGAAUUUCUGGGCAUGAUGGGUCUGUUUGGCUCCUUCUUCAGUGGGAUCCAGCUGGCGAUUAUGGAGCACAAGGAGCUUCUGAAGGUGCAGUGGGAUUGGCAGAUAGGUCUUCUGUACAUUGGAUUCAGUGCUUGCAUGUUUGGUCUGUACAGCUUCAUGCCUGUGGUAAUCAAAAGAACCAGCGCUACAGCGGUGAACCUCUCCCUACUGACAGCCGACCUCUACAGCCUCUUCUGUGGUUUAUUCCUAUUUCAGUACAAGUUUUCAGGGCUUUACCUACUGUCCUUUUUCAUCAUCAUACUGGGACUGAUUCUCUAUUCCUCUUCCUCUACCUACGUGGCACAGGAUCCUCGUGUUUACAAACAGUUCCGCAACACAGGAAAUGCUAUUACAGACACGCCUACUGUGGGACACCUGGAACCCUCAGUGACCUAUACGAGUCUGGGUCAAGAAAUAGAGGAGGAGCCUCGUAUACGAGUAGCUUGAGGGGGCGGGGCAUAACUAAACCUAUUAUCCACUGCCCGGUCCACAGUCUGUAGAAUUAUAACGAUCACUGAAUGAUGUAAUCAACCACGUAGCAAACCAGUACACUGUGAUCACAAACUGUGAAUAGGUAGCAGUGAUUUCUGUAUAUCUGAGUUUUCAGAUCCAACAUGAAUAGAGAUAUUUCACCUCAUUGCCCCUCCCCCAUUCUUUUAAAUGUUUAGAAGGAUUCGUGCUAAUUGUUUUUGGCCAAAUGCUCAAUUGUAAAUGCUUAAUUUUAUUAUGAGCUCAAAGGGUUCAUUGUAUUUGAGAGUUUGUCAUGAAUUGCCUCACUACUGUUUCACGUAUAUUUUAUGUCUUUUGAGUUUUAAGUGAAAUCUGUUUGACGACAUCUCUGGAAUACUGCAUUCUGAGUUUUAAAAUGCUGAUUUGAGCCAGUGCCUUGCCAUGUUAUAUUAUUGUGGGUUACAAAACAAUCAUGACUUUCACAAUAGUGUUAUCAGUAUUGGGCAUCAUGUCAUGAUCACAUAAUGUAUUAUCUGCUCAAUUACAAAUAUUUUCAUCAGAUACAAAUAUAAAAAGUGGGAUUUUCUGCUUUUCUUUUUUUUUUUUCAUUUUCAGCUGUAAUACCAUAUUCAGUUUUUUAUAUUUGUCAUAUUGUUUUAAUGUUGCCAUGAAAAGGGUACAUUCAUUUGUAUUAAAUAUAAAAGGUUUGUGUAAUAGCAAUUCAUUGUAAACUUGUAAACAAUUUUACUGCACUCGUACAUUUAUUUUAUAAACUGAUCAAUUAUUGCGGUAGGUCAUCACCUUAUUUGGAUAAAAUCCAGUAUACCUGUGUACAUUUGUGCUGAACAGAAAUCUGAAUAUUGUUGUUUGUUUUUUUUCAUUCUUAAGUUGCCAUUUAAAUAUUGAAAAUUCUUAAUGUGUCUGACUUGCUUAAAAUAAAGUACAUUUGUCUUAAA